AUGACUCUUGCUGGUGGCCAUAGUAGAAAUAUCAAAGUUUUUGUCUUGCCUUGCAAAGCCAUUGAGAAAGCCAGCAAGAACAAGGCAAUGAUAGAUGCUAUUGGGGACCCUAUUGUUAGAGGUCCUUGGCACAAUGCAUCACUUGCAGUAGAUCCCAAGAGCCAUUCUCUAUCUUGCACAUUUCCUGUUUCUGGACUGCAAGACACUGGAAUCUUUCAGUUUAGGGCAGUUCGUAAUGAAGGUGACACUUGGUUUUCAUUUUUGCUGGCCCCUGACUGGGAUAUCCUUAUAAUGAAAGCUAUCCUCCAUGUUCCUGGAAAUGAAGAGAAGCAGCAAACAUUUCGAAUUAGUCUCGCAGAUGACCUCCCUGGUCCAGCCUGCAAGACAUGCAUCGAUCACCAGUCACCGAAAGCAGAGGAAUCACAGAAGAAAAAUGAAUCUCAAGCUAGUUAA